UUUAAGGCAUGUUAUUUUCAACUAUAUAUUCCUUUUUUUUAAUCCUAGCUAGAGUCUGUUUAUCGGACAAUAAAAUUAAAAUUUCCAACCGAUUUUAGUUAAAAUAAAGACUUCAUCUACAAGAUAUCAGCUUCUCCUCCUCCUUAAUUUCAAGCAAUUAAAGCUUUUUCUCCAUAGUCUCCCUAUGCAUCUCAAAAGCCUCUGUUUCAUCCUCCCCGCCGACGAAACAGAGCCCGUCGGUUCCCAAAAGCCCGGCAAAGAAUCCGCCACCGGGGAAACAGGUCCGCCGGAACCCCCCCGCAGGGGAUGCGGGGGACAAGCUCUGGACUUCAUCAGACAGUCCCUGCACAGAGUCUUGGUCGGCAAGAAUCGGUCUUCCGGGGAGUUCCACGAUGCCGACGGCGUGGGAAUCUCCGGGAACAGAGUCGGCGCCGACAACCCGAGGAUCUUCAGCUAUGCCGAGCUGUUCGUCGGGACAAAAGGGUUCGCCGGAGAUCAAGUGCUGGGGAGCGGCGGAUUCGGGAAAGUCUACCGAGCGGUUUUGCCCAGCGACGGAACAGAGGUCGCCGUGAAGUGCUGCCUCGCGGAGAAAGGGGAGAAGUUCGAGAAGACGUUUGCGGCGGAGCUCGCGGCGGUGGCCCAUCUCCGCCACCGGAAUCUCGUCAAACUCCGGGGAUGGUGCGUCGACGACGACCGCCUCUUGCUCGUGUACGAAUACAUGCCGAACCGGAGCCUGGACAGAGUUCUCUUCAAGAAAACAGAGCAUUUCUUAGACUGGGAGAAGAGAAAGAAGAUCGUAAAGGGAUUAGCCGCCGCAUUAUUCUACUUGCACGAGCAAUUAGAGACUCAGAUAAUCCACAGAGACGUGAAAACAAGCAAUGUAAUGCUCGAUUCCGGCUUCAACGCCCGUCUAGGCGAUUUCGGCCUUGCCCGGUGGCAAGAACACCGCCGCCGUUCCGGCGAGCCUCAAACAAGAACACCAUCCACGAAGAACCAACAAUUCCGGCUAGCAGAGACCACAAAGAUCGGAGGAACCAUCGGCUACUUGCCGCCGGAGAGCUUCCAAAGGCGAGGAAGCAUUGCCACCGCAAAAUCCGACGUGUUCAGCUUCGGGAUCGUGUCCCUCGAGGUGGCGUCCGGGCGGCGUGCGGUGGAUCUGGCCUGCCCGGACGACCAAAUCGUGCUCCUUGAUUGGGUCCGCCGGCUCUCCGACGACGGCGCGGUUUUGCAAGCCGGAGACGUCAGGCUGGCGGACGGCUCGUUCCGGCUGGUUGAAAUGGAGAGAUUGAUUCAAAUUGGGCUUUUAUGUACUCUUCAAGAACCUCACUCAAGACCCAAUAUGAAAUGGGUUUUGGAAGCUCUCAAUGGAGAGAUUGUUGGGAAAUUACCAAACCCUCCUUCGUUCAAAUCUCAUCCUCUCUAUAUUUCAUUCUCGUCUUCCUCUUCAUCUUCGUCUCGGUCAUCGCCGGAAACCUUCUUCUCUGCUUCCGCAGAAACAGGGUAUUUAUCGGCAGAGUCCGGGAUUUCUGGGAAGAGCAUCACAAAUUACAAUAGCGCCAAUCGUGAUUGGGUGAGUGGUUUUCCGGCGGUGGAAACGCCGAGAGAGUUCGCAUUUAAGGAGAUCAUGGAAGCGACGGACCGCUUCUCCGAGCGGCGGAGAGUUGCAGAGGUCGAUUUUGGGACGGCGUACAGAGGAUUCUUGGCCGCCGGCGGGGAAAUUCUGGUGAAGAGGCUGGGGAUGAAGACGUGCCCGGCCCUGAGGACGAGGUUCAGCGACGAGCUACGGAACAUGGGACGACUCCGGCAUAGAAACCUCGUACAGCUCCGAGGGUGGUGUACGGAGCACGGGGAGAUGCUUGUUGUCUAUGAAUACUCCCCCGCCCGUCUACUCAGCCACCUACUUUUCCGGCACGGCGGACUCAGGUGGCACCACCGGUACAACAUAAUCAAAUCCCUAGCUUCUGCAAUUCACUACCUCCACGAAGAAUGGGAGGAGCAAGUGAUCCACCGGUGCAUCACAUCCUCCGCCGUAGUUCUUGACGCCGGAAUGAACCCGCGGCUCGGUUCAUUCGCUCUAGCCGAAUUCUUGGCCAGGAACGAGCAGGGAAACCACCACGUGGUCGUUGACAAGAACAAAUCCGUCCGCGGGAUUUUCGGGUAUAUGUCGCCGGAGCACAUGGACUCCGGGGAGGCGACGGCCGCGGCGGCGGAUGUGUAUAGCUACGGGGUAGUUCUCUUGGAGAUUCUCACCGGGGAACCGGCGGUGGAUUUUCGCCGGCCGGAGGUGCUCUUGGUUCACAAGCUACAUAAGUUUGAGCAGAGCAAAAGGCCGUAUGAAGAUCUAGCCGACCGGCGGCUGGACGGCGGAGAGAUUAUUAAAAGCGAAUUUAUUCGGGCGGUGAGAUUGGGAAUUGCGUGUACACGAUCCGACCCGACCCGGCGGCCCAGCAUGAGGCAGAUUGUAAGGAUUCUAGAUGGACAUGACGAGUGGUUUGUAAAAAAUGGGCUGAAGAAGGAGACAGGGGUAAAAUGGAGAAAAAGAAAUGCUUCUUCUUUGUCACAUGUUAGAAGGAUGCAAGCUCUUGGCAUUCAUUGAAUUUAAUUUGGUGCGGAGAGCACGCUCGUUCCAUUAUAUUACAAAUUCUGAAUUGGAGUUCGAGAGCGACAACUCUUGUCAGCAGGAUCAAGAGACAAUAGCCCUUGACGGGGUCCAAGUAGGCAAAAUGUGUGAAUUAAAUAUUCGAAUGUAAG